CUCCCACAAAGCUUUGCGAACAUCGGUGACGUGGCCAGCGUUACCCAGCAGACCGGGGCGAUUUGAACUUCAAUCGGUUAGCCCGCAAUUUUACAUCACUAUGUCCGGGAAAAUCAAAAGCAGGAGUGCUGCCAAUGCAGACUCAAUCUCUGGCAGUGUGUCCUGUGACGAGCGCAUCUUAAGGGACUGCCAUCAGAUGUACAUCGACCCGGAUAGCGGAUUAAUAAAAAUCGCUCAAACUGUCGGUGUGACGUUGCUGCCUCCCCGGAAGAAGAUAACUGUGAUGUUGAUGGGGAACCACUCCGCUGGAAAGAGCAGCUUUAUCAAUUGGUAUGUGGAGGAGCAUAUCCAAAGGACAGGAGUUGCUAUAGAGACCCAGGGCUUCAGCUUUGUUACCAGUGGGCGAAAGAGGGAGUCGCUCACGGGAAAUGCAACGCUCCAUCUGUAUCCGCACUUCAAACCACUGCAAGACUUUAAAGGGGUGUCAGAAUACCUCGGCACUGAGAUUUGUACUUCACGGCAGAAACGUUUCAGUUUGGUGACUUUUGGCACUCCUGGUCUUGUGGAUGGAGAUAUGAAGUAUCCCUUUGAUGUUGACCAGGCUGUUCUGUGGCUCGGUGUGCGUGUGGACCUGAUCCUGGUCUUCUUUGACCCAAUGGGACAGGGCUUUAUGCACAAGCGCACGCUCAACAUUGUAGAGAUGAAUGACAAACAAGGGGACCGGCUCCGUUUUUAUCUCAGUAAAGCUGAUGAGGCUGGAGGAGAGUCUGAUCGACAAAGAGUUAUGAUGCAGAUUGUGCAGGAACUUUGUAAACGUCCGGGACUCAAUAAGUGUGGCUUCGACAUGCCCACCAUCUACGUUCCCAAUCCUCAUUAGCCCAGCCGGUGUGUUAAUCAGAUUGAUGAUGUGUGUCGAGACCAUAGAGAAAACCAUUAAAUCAGACUGUAACAGAACACACUUAACUCUCUGGAGAAGGACUGUAACAUCAUCACUGAGGCCGUCACUGACACGCUUCAGAAUGACAGGCAGUGCAGCAUAGAGAACCGUCGAGCACGUUUUAAGGGCUGUUUGCUGGGCAUGAUGGGUUUCAUUGUGCCUCUGCUGCUGCUUGCUAGUCUGGUGCUUGGCAGCCUCUCCAAAGACGUGCUGGUGCUGAUGCUGGGUGACAGUGGCACAGACGCACUCUCACUAUAUGUGGUUAGCUGUUUUGAGUCACUGUCCAUGGAAGUGCAGCUGUACAGUUGUGCUGGACUGGUGCUGUUGUCCUUCAUCCUUCUCCUGCUUGCUCGCUUCUCUUUCAGAACUAAACCGACUCUAUCUGGAAAGCAAAAGAGACAACUUCAGGAAAAACUGGAGUAUGUGCAAGAGGUGGUCAAGACCAAAAAGAAAAAACUCUACGAAGAGUACCUGCGUCAGAGUGUGGGAGAUCAGGACAGGAACUGAAGGAGA